UUGGGAAAAUCAAUAUGGCGGAAGACAGUACACCGGUAUCGAGUGAACAAAAACGACCUGUUGACGACGAUAUGAGAAAGCUUUCAGAAGAUGGAAAAUUGGAACAGAAAGAAUACCUGGAAACAUACAAUGUUGUUCUUAGUUGUGUCAAGUCCUUGUUUGAUUUGAGUCGGGACAACGAGCACAAAGAGGAGAGUCUGUCUGAGGAUGUGGAGGAACCACAAUCGAAAACAGAACUGAGCAAAGUGCUGUCUCAAAUCUGUGGUCUAGUGAAUCAUGAAAAGCCACAAACACAGUUCACCUGUGUACCAGAUCAUUACACUCACAUCAACAUCAUUGGAAAGACCCUAUCAUUAUAUUUAUCCUUGUUGGAUGAAGCUUGUGUAAAUAAAUUGUCUGCAUGUAUCAAGUCUGACUGCUCGCAUUGGCUAUCUAAGCUAUUUGGGUAUGAAAAUGCUCUGUGUUGCUUUCAUGAACACCAGUGGGAUGGGUUGGUACGAGUUUGCAGAUUGGCUUUAAGAUUGAAAUACCCUAAAUUUGGAACAGAAGGAUUUACAGCUCUGUAUACCAGGCCCCCUGUGGUGUACAUCAGUUCAUCUGCUUGCAACUCAUUAGGACAUUAUUUGUGUACACAGCUGGGAUUACCUCAAUCCAGUGUCUGUAAAGUGCCAUGUAACACAGUAUUUGGUUCAACACAUACUAUGGACAUUGCUGCCUUUGAGAGGCUCUUCAAUGAUGAUGUUUCAUGCGGCAAGACACCACUGCUUCUUAUUGCUUAUGCAGGAACCCCAUUGGCUGGACAUACUGAUAAUCUCAGUAGAUUAAGAGAACUUUGCACACAGAAUGGUCUCUGGCUUCAUCUUGAAGGGGACACCCUGGCAACUUUGUGCCUUGAAACAGUUCCUGCUUCCUUAAAGAGUGCCCCUGCCUGUGACAGCAUGAGCCUAAAUAUCAGCAAAUGGUUUGCAUUGCCCAGUGCACCUUAUUGUACAUUCUACAGAGCGAAAGAUCUUGUUUUGGCAGAGGCCUCAGGACUCAGUCAAAGCCACACACCUGACAGACUUUCUGUCCUUCCUCUUUGGAUUAGUAUUCAGACUAUCGGUUUAGAUAAAAUGCGAGAAAUGAUUUUACAUGCAGCCCAACUGUCUCAACAAUUGUGUGUGAGUUUAGAUGGCAUGCAAGCUGCUGUGAAGAGGAUUGCCCAGCCCCACUGUAUGUCGUCCAUGGUUGUGUUCCAAUACAAAGCAGCCCCUGUAUCCCCAAGUGGAUCCAUUUUACAGACUGGUGGAGAAGAAGAUGCCUCAGAUCAAGAUGAAGAACAAGAUGACACAGAGCUCUCCUCUUCCUCAAGAUCAUCGUCUCCAGAACCAGGCUGUGUUUCCUCGUCAGUGAGGGAUUCAAUCAAUCAAAUGAUUGCAAAAUACCUGGCUCAACAAGUACCUUCAGUUAAAAUUGGGGUUGUGAAUUUGCCCAAAGAGGGAUGCUGCAUUAGAUUCAAUCCUGUCCUUUCAUCCAGAAUAUGUGGAACAACCAGUGAAAAUGUUGAAGACUUUGUUAUCUGCCUCAAAGAAGAAGUGGCCAGAUUAGAUACCCUGCUUCUAUCUCAAGAGGAAUUUAGGUUAGCAACAGAAGGCAAGGAACAUGUUGUUGCAGUGGAGAUUCAGGACACUUCAGCUGUUGGUGCCCUUCUAUGUGUUCCUCGUUACUGGACCAACAAGGAUUUAGGAAAACUCAGGGAGGCUAAGAAAGUUGAACUUAAUGACUGGAACAAAGAAGUGUUGGCAAAGGUUUCUGAAGGAAUGGAAGAUGUUUUUAGUAAGGGCCGCACACAAGAUGGUCUCACCUGUAUUACAAUUGAUAAGGUGCCAGCCACAUCAUCUGUUGAUGCAGUGGUAGAUAUUGUUUGUAAAGGAGCUACAGAACUGGAAACCUCGAGCAAGUAUUUGGAGCAGAUGGCUGAUGCAAUUCAGAGAGGUAUUGAAGCUGCCCAGCAAGACUUGGUGAAAGAAUCAGAGGAAAAACUGUUGGAGGAGGGUUUGUUACGGCAAGUCCCUCUUGUAAGUUCCUUCAUGAACUGGUUGUCACCUCUUCCAGAGGAACCCAAAACUAUUGGGAGAACGUUUAAUCUAACAUCUGGUAAUCUACACAAGACUGAAAAAAUUUAUAAAUAUCACAUGCAAGUUCAAGACGAGGAUGAUGAAGAAGCAGUACCAGUGACACCAACAAAGUCCUCACCAGAAGCUACUCCAGUAAAGGAAAGCCCUGCAGCAUCAGACUGAAAGAAACAUUCCACACAACUUAGCUUCACUCAUGUACAAUUGUCACCACAAGACUUUAGGAUCUCAAAAGAAAACCAAGUCACAUUAUUCAUUACAUAAUGCAAUAUUUACAUGUAUCGAGGUAAUUACCGACAGUAAGGAGAGGAUCUGUAUUUGACAACUAGAUCAGUACUUGUAUGAACAUUGAGCCAGUGCUGCAAGGCAUCUGUUUCUUAUCUGGUGACAAUAAUGUGAGUGAAAAAGAAAAGGAGAUAAAUAUUAAGUAACUGUUUGGAAGUAUCAUUUUAAUGGCAUCAAGAUGCAGCAGUCACUAACUUGCAAAGCAGUGCUCUCUCUGUAACAGAAAAAAAACAGAAACUACUCAGAAUCUACCAGCAGUCAGACAUGCUCCCCAUGUGUCUUGAGUUGUACAACAGAGUAUAGAUGUACGAAGUAGAAUUGCAGGAUGAUAAGGGUGGGAUUCUUUCAAACAAAUUAUCAAUCAGAAAUUCAGGUGACUUAUUAUUUAUAUGUAAACCUUUGGCAAGUGACAGCAAAUGGUUUGAGAAGUUGAAACAAGGGCAGGCAUGUACCUGACAGAAAUCAUGUACAUGUUGAAACAUAAUAUGAAACACCCAAGAGUAACAAAUUUUCCAGUUUUAUGCUGGCACAGAACCUGAAUGUCAUAGGUAACUACCUUUUUACUUUGGGUACCUUUUACAUUUUAGCCUUUCAGAAAUUUUUCUAAGGGCUGGGUUACAACAUAUUUUUGAUACCACAGCCUCUGGCACCUAGUAAUUCUUGUGACACCAUGCAGUUGUGCAAGCAGAAAUUUUAGAAUGAUGUUGAGAGAAGGUUGCCUUCCUUAGAGUUACGUUUAAGUAAACUUCAGACUGUUCAAAGCAGGGGUUUUGAGCAGCAGUCCAUCAACACCUCUAAGACCUGCUGUCUGUUUAGCCUGCAAGCAGGUUCUCUACUAAGGGAUUAUCUUGAGGCACAGCUGCCUAUUACACCAUCAGCAGGUGUGUGUAGAAAAAAUUGUUGAAACCCCUCCCAUAGCUUCUCUAUAAGGUUCUCUUUGGUGUUUGAUGUUAACUAAUGUUGGUGCUAAAUAUAACAGGCAUCAUCAGAAGUAGCUAAUGAAAUCCUGCACUAAGAACAAAUCAUCAUUUGACACAAGAAAAUAUGAAGGUUUAUUUGUGUAAUAGGAUUCAACAGCUACAAAAAUAAUAUCUAUUGUGGAGUAGUGACAUUUUACAAGAGUAUUACCAAAUGAGGUAGAUGGUAAAUAUGGGGCUUAUUAUAUUUCUGUUGGCUUUUAAAUAAUUCAUCCAAGAAAAUAAUUUGUGUAGAAAACUUCCACGAAGAUUGUUGUUUCUAAGUGUUUUGGAAUGCCAAGUCUGGGACAGUUUGGGGAUAAUAUAAAAGUGCAGGAUUGCAAAAAGUGCUUAAUUUCACCAUUUCUCAAUUGCUAAACUUGUCCAAUAGCAUUCUUGUUAGGUUUAAAAGUAAAUUCUAGAGUUUUAACGGAUGAAGUUAAAUCAACAAAAUAGUUUUUUUGUAUGGUGCAAUGUUACAGGCUUCUGUACCAGGUAACCCUCUAACUCCCAUGAGUGACCAAGACAGAUCUCUCCAAAACCAAAUUCUCCAAACUAACAUCAUAUGAAUUGUGUGGGAGGCAGUAAGGAGAAUUACUAAUGGGAUCUUGGGAGUGAAAGAGUUAAGCAUUAUUAUUGGCUUCUGUAUCAGUUAACCCUUUCUCCAAAACCAAAUUCUCCAAACUAACAUCAUAAGAAUUGUGUGGGAGGCAGUAAGGAGAGUUAGUGAUGAUAUCUUGGGAGUUAAAGGGUUAAGCAUUUCAUAGAAAGAGACUUUUAUUAUUUUUUUGUCAUUCUUGGUUUUAGAUGUUUGAAAAGAUUUACUGCUAAAUAUUACUGCUGGGUUCUUAAUAAAUCUGCAACACACUCCAUAA